AUGACAGUUCCACUUCUCAUCAAAAAACUUGUGGCGUGCCCCCGCGGUGCUUACUCCGGCGGCGGCUGGAGCCGCUUCACCUCCAUAAUCAGCUUUGGGGACUCCUACGCCGACACGGGUAACUUGGUCAUGUGGGCUGAUCCCGUCCUUCCGGGUCUACUACUCAAGAACCUCCCCUACGGCGAGACCUCCUUCGGCCACCCCACCGGGCGUGCCACCGACGGCCGCCUGGUGCUGGACUUCAUCGCCGAGGCUUUGGGUCUGCCUUCUAUGCCGCUGUACCUCGCCAGGGGAAGCAACUUCUCCGCCGGAGUGAACUUCGCCGUGGUAGGAGCGCUGGCUCUGAACUUGACGUACCUGCAGGGACUGAACUUGACAGUGAAUCCUCCUAUUAACAGCUCCCUCCACGACCAGCUCGUGUGGUUCCAGAAACUCAAGCCUUCGCUCUGCAAUGGACAAGGUACUGACUGCUUUGGGAGCUCCCUGUUUGUCAUGGGAGAGUUUGGAGGAAAUGACUACAUAAGCUUCCUUCUGUCCAACAGAACCGUUGAACAAGCCAGACCUUAUGUUCCUCAAAUUGUCGACAGCAUUUCCAGAGGCCUAGAGAGACUAGUUCAACAUGGCGCCAAGUACAUCGUUGUGGCAGACAUCUUCCCGAUUGGCUGCCUACCAGCAGCGCUCACAAAGCUCGCUAGCCCAAACAAGGUGGAGUAUGAUCGGCACGGAUGCCUGUGUUAGGAAUGAUCUUGACAUGUAGGAUGGAGGCGGUCGUCCGGCCGCGUGAGUGGGCUGCCGGGACUUACGUCGUGCCUUUGGCCAGUUGGCGCAACGUUGGUGUGCUGGCCGAGAGCAGCGGCUGGGCCAUGCAUGUGCGAGUUGCAUGGAUCAGUUAGUUGGCGUCCUCGUGGAGGGAUCCAAGGAGUUGGUUGCAGAUGGUUAGUGCCAACGUAGUGGCCGGGAUACGUGCGUACGUGAGUUAGUGGUGUGCUAGGUCAUUGGCCUUGGGUGCUGGGCUAUAUAAGCCGAUGUAUUGUGUUUUGUUUGGUUUGAGCGGUGUGUAGUCAUGUAGCCACUGUAAGGAAGAAAAGGAUUGGGGCGAUCGUGCGCCCGUGGCGGCGUUCGUGCGCCGGCCGGAAAAUCUUGUGUCUACUAUUCUUCUUCUUCCACCUCCAUUUGAGUGAGAGGAGAGGUAGCUAGAGGGCUGCGGUUCC